UUUUUUUUUUUUUUUUUUUUUUCACUUCUCCUCACCUCCCCUUCCAAAAAAAAGUUACCCAAACUCGGGGGGAGGUUUCUUGAAUUUCACUAGAUAAGGUAAACUCAGUAUCGGAAAAAAAACUCCCUGAGGAUCAAGUAAUUACGAUUUCAGCCCACUUCAAACGAUCCACAAACACAAAACCAUGCCACCACCGCCAGAUCUAUCCCGCUACGUCCUCCCGGACGCAGAGGCUCGGGAGAUCUUCACCACCAAGAUCCUCCCCGCCGACCUCCCGCCGACCCUCACCCCGCACCCCCGCCGGUCCCGGCCCCUCGCCGUACUGAUAGUCGGCCAGACCGGCGCCGGCAAAACCCGCUUGGCGCCCGUCAUCCUCGACGCCAUGACUCGCAUCCACCCGCCCGCCCACCUCAUCGCCGACCUCUACAAAGCCCACCACCCUUCCUACCGCACCCUCAUCGAGUCCGACGCCUCCUCCCAGGCGCAAGGGCAAGGCCCAGGCCCAGGCCCGGCCCUCGCGAGCCCGGCCACGGGCACCGACGCCCGCAGGUGGCUGGCCAUGGCCGUCGCCGAGGCCGUGGACCGCAGACUCGACGUGCUCCUCGAGAGCGCGUGCCGCCACCCGGACGAUUUCCGUGCGCUGGCGCGCAUGUUUGGGGAAGGGGGUUACCGCGUCGAGGUCGUCGUCAUGGCGGUGCCGGCGGCGCUGAGCAGGUUGGGUAUCCUGCACCGGUUUCACGAGAGGUUGCCUGAGGCCGGGCCGAGCGGGGGUCUGCCGAUUCGGCUUACGCCAGUCAAGAUCCACGAUGAUUCGUACGGGGGGCUGAUGAGCGUGGCGGAGUGGAUUGACGAGGUGGAUUUCGUUCAUCGGGUUCUGGUCGUGCGGAGGGGGAACCUGGUUGCGUUUGCUGAUGAGAAGACGACGACGACGGGCGGCAGGUUGCAGGGCAGGGUUGCCGAGGCGGUGGAGAGGGAGCGGAGGCGGCCGCUUACGAAAGACGAGAGGGCUGUUGUGGUGAGGGAUCUGGAGAAGUUGACGGCGCGGGAUGCGCGGGUGGCGGAGCAGGUUAUGGGACUGCUUGAGCCGUUGUUGGUGGACGAGGAUAAGACGUGUCCGGAGCUGCGGCCGUUGGCGUUUCCUCCUGGGGGGCCGCGGGAAGCAUUGCUUACGUUGGGCGAGGCGUGAUGGGGAGAGAUUUUCUGCGAUGGAGUGUCGUGGAAUCACUUUCUGCAUGAAGCGAAGCUCUAGAUGGAUCGAGAUUACAUGAGGAUAGCAUCUGGGCAAGGGCAAGAUAGGGGUAUUUGCUGGUAACGAUUGGAACGCGGUAGGAUGAUUAUUUUUGAGAAGACACGUCAUGUUCUUGGAUACAUCAUAUUUGCUUCUCCUCUUCUCCCUUUGUCCUCAUUGCUAGGUGAUCAAAGCGACAGACUCAGACGACAUCGAGAGUGUAAGACGACUUCUUUGAAAUAUGCCUUUUGCGACAAUACAAAGAAUGUUGCAACCACACGCCAAUCGACUGAGAAUGGAUUACACCUUUCAUUCACUUGAAACGUAGUUCUCCAUGGCUGUAAUUGCUUCUGCCGCUGAUAAUGGAAUGGCUGCAAUGAAGUGUUUAUAAACCGACAUGAGAAGAGCUCUUUGGCACUUUUUGACUUUGAUCGCCCAAGGCUUUAGGUGCCAU